UGUGUGUGUGUGUGUGUGAUGGCUGUAAAUGUGGCUGGACUGGUGUCUGUGAUUGUGUUCUACCUGGUUGUCAUGGGAACGGGGUUCUGGGCAUCCCGGAAGUCAAAGCGUGCAGAGGCGAGGUGCACGGCGACCCAGAGUGAGGUCAUGAUGGUCGGAGGACGAAACCUCAAAACAUGGGUCAGCAUUUUCACCACCACUGCAACUGCUGUUGGGGGCGGUUACAUCAUGGGAUCAGCUGAGGUGGUGUACAACCCAACGAGGGGUUUGGUCUGGUGCAUCUUACCCCUCGGAUUUUUUGUGAACCUCAACAUUGUUGGUCUUUUCUUCGUGAAGCCCGUGCGAUCAAAGAACUAUGUGACCAUCAUGGACCCUUUCCAGGAGAAAUAUGGAAACAGACUGACAGCGUGUCUGUUCAUUCCUUUCCUAAUGGCAGAUGUUCUCUGGGUGGCGAGUGUGUUAGCUGCACUGGGCGGCACGAUGAGUGUGAUCCUGGACAUUUCGUCUGAGGUGUCCAUCGUGAUCUCAGCGGCCGUGGCCAUUCUUUACACCCUUCUGGGAGGACUGUACUCGGUGGCCUACACCGACGUCAUCCAGCUUGUCUUAAUGCUCCUGGGCUUGUGGUUUUGUGUCCCCUUCGCUAUGCUAAGUCCUGCCACCGUGAGCAUUACAAACACCUCUCUGACAAGUCUCUUCCAGGAGCCCUGGGUAGGAUCCAUUCAGGUUGAAGACCUUGGCGCCUGGCUGGAUGAAUUUCUGAUAGUGUCCAUUGGGUCAGUGUGUUAUCAGGAGCUCUACCAGAGAAUUCUGGCCACAAGCACCGUGUUACAGGCCCAGGUCACAUGCUGCAUCUCUGCCUUCAUCUCCGUCAUCCUGGUCAUUCCAUCCGUCCUCAUAGGAGCUGUGGCAGCCUCAACUGACUGGAACCAGACGUCUUAUGGCCUGCCCACGCCGUACGAGGAGGGCAAAGCUGGCAGCAUCUUGCCCAUUGUUCUGCAGCACCUGUGCCCGCAGUUUGUGUCCCUGGUUGGCAUCGGCGCCCUGGCUGCUGCCGUCAUGUCGUCGAUUGACUCUGCGCUUCUCUCAAGCUCUUCGCUUUUCGCUAGAAACUUUUACAAGGCAGUCGUAAGGACGAAUGCCUCAGAGCGAGAGAUCCUAUGGGCGGUCAAGGUGUCCAUCUUGGUGUUCGGGGUGAUUGCAACAGCCCUGUCCAUGACGAGCAACUCGGUGUUCGGUCUGUGGAUCCUGAGCGUGGACGUGAUGUACACGGUGGUGUGCGCCCAGCUGCUGGCCGUGCUCUUCCUCAGCCGCCACGUCAACAGGUACGGCGCCCUGGGUGGGCUGGCCACCAGCGCGAUACUGCGGGGGCUGGCCGGCGAGCCCUCGCUGGGCAUCAUGCCCGUGUGGACGCUACCGGGAGACAGACUCCUCCCGGACGGCUCGCUGUUCCAAGGCUUCCCCUUCCGCACUGCCAUCUUCCUCAUCUCUAUAGCCUCCAUUUUGCUGUGGUCCAAAGCAGCCCUUUGGGUGUUCACACGGGGGUAUCUGCCGCCCCACUGGGACGUGUUUGAGGUUAGGAGGCCGGGGGCUGACGCCCUGAGACGUGAGAUAGGAGAGCUGAGAAUGGAGGAAAGUAAAGAGAAGAAGGAGCAGCUUGUUUCCGGUGAAGGAGCGUCUGAGGGAAAGAUGGAGGAGAACUCUCACUGA